AUGCCGGAUACUAUCGAGGUGGGAGAGCAGGAGCAGAGGUCUCUCAUUGCCAGAACUAACGACGUCGCCGUACUACAAGUUGUCGAAGGCGAAGACAACUCAGUCUGUGCGGCAACAGGUCGACGACCAUGCCUGAUGACUACGGGUGCGCUGCUAGCCUCGCUUUUGAUGGCGACCGCGCUGCUGCUCCUGUCUAGACACAGCUUCACACAGGAUCGUUUUUCGACGCUAGUCGUUCCGUCGAAGCAGUUGCAGGACUACAACCAAGACAUGACCUGCACACCAAAGUGCCCCGCCGCACGCCGACUCGCAGAGGAGCCUGAAGACGGCCUCACAAGCCUAGAGCAAUGCUUGGAGCGCUGCCCUUCGGUUGGGUUCAUGGCGGCCAUGGAGUUCGGCGAUUGCAGGGCCAGCUGCGAAAGAAAGCAUCCCGCGGCAGGAAAGAAAGCUCCUGCCUCGGAGCCGCCUCUGGAAGGAUGCAAGCGCACAUGCCGUCAGCACAAGGGCAACUUUUGGCACUUUCUGUACUCCAACUGUGCCAAAACCUGUGCUGCAAAGACGGCUCUCACUCAGGUCCAGUAUAUGCAGAAGUACAACGUCUCCUUCGGGAAAGAAGGCGAAGAAGAUCUGCAGGCGGAGGUCACUGCACUGCUCAGGACGAGGUUCAAGUUCAAGAAGCGUUCCAGCAAUCAUCCCUUCAGCUUCACUUUGGAGACGUACCAGAACAAAGUUGCAGAGGCUUUAGCCAAGGUGUUGGAGAUCCCGGAGAAAGCUCCGCCACCCAGAGUCGUGAUCAGGCAGUACCGACCUGGCAUCCACCACGUGGUACCAAAUGUCCUGAUCAAGGACCCUGGCAACGACGUCGAAGCCGUCGUGGACAUCAAGGGCCUGCCGAUCUCUGACGUGAAGAAGCUGGGUGACAACUCCACACUCGAACAGAUCGACAAGGAGUUGAAGAUGUCGCUGGUCAGGGACGUGACAACCGUGGGACUUGCGGAAGUGUCGCCAAUGGAAGCCCUGGAAAGCACCUCCUCUUCAAUCCAGGGAGACUUCAUGUCUCUGGGCUGGCACACGGUGUGUCGAAUCAACGAGGCUGAUACGACCUUCGAUGGCCAAGGGAAGGUGAGAGUCGUGCAUGGGCAAUCCUUGCGCCAAUGCUCCAUACGCUGGACAGCGGCGCUUGUUCUGAUCUGGUUGUGCUUGGCCGAGGAGGAGCAGGCGAAUUGUGCGGAAGAGGUUGAACGGAAGGAGGAGUCGGAGACGGAGUCCCUUCGUGUGCAGCUGUUGCAGCAACGCGAGUUUCGACUGCAGCGAGGGCCUCUCACAACGGCAGAGGUUCCUGCGAAGCAGCAAUUCAGCUUGCCUGUGGCAAAAGCUUUCGCAACUGUCAGCCAAGCAGCCUUUUGCGGGGCUGACGAAGAGCUACGCAACUGGACUUGCAAGGCCUGCCGAGAUGUCGGGUUUUCACUAACCUUGGGCACUCGGCGGCUGGUACGGCAGGCAGAAUUGGGCGAGGCGGAUUCCACCUUCGUCUUUGUGUCGCGUGCGGAAUGGAUGCCAGAGAAGCCCGAAGCAGAGUGGCUGUGGCCACCUGCGAGGGCCAAGGAACCUCUGAAGCACGGCGGCCAGGAUUGUUACGCUCAUUGUGGUCAGCUUGGCGGCUUCUGUGCCUGGUGCGGCGUGGGAAAUGCAUGCUGCCGGAAAGAUGAGGCCGGAGACCCAGCGGAAUGUGCCAACGCGACCGGGUUCAUCGGUUCUGAGUACCACGAGUGUGUGGCCGUGGCAGAACCGGUCAACAGGAAACCCGUCCUGCAUGGAGGUGAGGAUUGUUGGCUGUACUGCGGCAAGGCUGGCGGUUUCUGCGACUGGUGUGGUGCGGGAAACGCUUGCUGUAGGAGUGGUUAUGACAAGGAUCCGCUUGAAUGCCGUGGGGCUGCAGCCAACUCUUCCCACCACGUAUGCACCGCACCGGCACGAAAUGUGCCGCAGCCAACCACUAAGCGAGAGUUCGGCUGCAUCCUGUCAAUCAGAGGCUCCAAGACGUUUACAAAUGCCUUGCACGAUGCCUUCUUUUGGAGUGACGAGCUCCCAGUGCAGGAGUGUGAUGGAUGUCAAGUAUUCGAUGGCUUCUGGCGAGUGUGGUCCGGCGUAGAAGCGAAGCUUGGGCGAGUCCUCAUUGACAACGGCUGCAUUCCAGGCACGGAGCAUGGCACCAUCCUCCUCACAGGACAUUCGUUGGGCGCUGCCGUGGCAACCAUUGGCAUGUACAUGCUGCAGCUUCGAGGUUACAGCGUGGGUUUGUCCUACAAUUUCGAGUCGCCCCGGGUUGGCAACGAAGCUUUCCACGAUGCAUUUGAUGUGAUGUUCGGUCGAAAAGUGGAUCUCUGGCGAAUCACACGGUCAUGGGACCCGGUUCCUCACGUUCCACCGCUUCCGAUCUAUCACCAUGUUGGAUCCGAAGCCUACUUUCCAAAGGAUGCCAAGGAGCCUGUGGUGUGCCUGGAAUCAGAGGACUCCAAAUGUGCAGAUAGAUAUUCCCUUCUGGAAACACUGAUUUUCGGUUGGGACCACUGCAAGUCUGAACUAGCUGCUCCCGGCCGUGGCUUUGGCGAAGGUAUUUGUCAAUGCGCCGCUGAAUGA